UGCGGAGAAGGACCGGGGAGCACGGGUCCGUGGGACGGGAGGCACGACGGGGACCCGGAGAGGUUCACAGAUCCGGGAUGCAGAGGAGACCCGAGGAGGGACACACGGGAACCGGGGGUGCAGCGGGGACUCCGGGCGUGCGACGGGGUCUCGGGGGCGAGCCGGGGCGCCGGGGGACCCCGGGUGCGGGGGCCGGGGAUGCGGGAACACGGGGGACCGUGGCGCAGCGGUGAUCCCGGGGGUGCGGCGGGGUCUCGGGCCCGGUCCCAGCGAGCACCCCCUGGGCGCAGCGGGGACCCCCCGGCCCCGGAUGGCUCCCCCCACCCCCGGGCGCGGAGCAGGCCCCGCCGCCGUUGCUAGGGCGGGGCGCCGCGUUGCUAGGGGGCGUGUCCUUCCACCGCCCAACUCUCGCGAGAUCCGCCCGCCCGUUGCCUGGAGACCGCGGCGCCAGCGGCAGCCGCCAUGGCGCCCAAAAAGAAACCCGGAAAAAAAGGGAAAGGGAGCAAAGCUCCAGGAGUGGUGGAUGUCUUGUCCCCAGAGGAGAUGAGCAAGGAGCAGCUGGAGAACCAUGUCGCGCGUCUCCGGGAGGAGCUGGACCGGGAACGGGAAGAGCGCAACUAUUUCCAGCUGGAGCGUGACAAGAUUCACACUUUCUGGGAGAUCACCCGCCGGCAGCUGGAGGAGAAGAGAGCAGAGCUGCGGAACAAGGACCGGGAGAUGGAGGAGGCAGAGGAGCGGCAUCAAGUGGAGAUCAAGGUUUACAAGCAGAAGGUGAAGCACUUGUUGUAUGAACACCAGGAAAACCUCACUGAGCUGGAGGUGGAGGGCACGCUGUCCAUGAAGCGGGCCCAGAAGGAUCACUGGGACCAGGAAAUGGAGCUGCGUAAAGACAUGCGCUCCUUGAAAGUGGAGCUGAAGGAGCGGGAGCUGGCCAACGAGGUGGUGGUGAAAAACAUGCGCCUGAAACAAGAGGAAGAGAUCACCCGGCUGUGCAACGACUUCGAGAGACAAGUGAAAGAGAUCGAGGCCAAGCACACCAAGAAGAUGCAAGUGCUGCGGGACGAGCUUGACUUGCGGAGGAAGACCGAGAUCUAUGAGGUGGAAGAGAGGAAGAACAGCCACAUCAGUGAGCUGAUGAGGAACCAUGAGAAGGCCUUCAAUGACAUCAAGAACUACUAUAACGAUAUCACGCUCAAAAACCUGGCUCUCAUCAGCUUGCUGAAGGACCAGAUAGAGGAGAUGAAGAAGAAAGAGAAUCACUUGGAAAAGGAGAAGGCAGAUGUGCUGCUCCAGAACAAACAGCUGAAGGAGCCCCUGCAGCAGGCCCAGGAGCAGGUGUUUGAGCUGCAGAAGAAGCUGGCCCACUAUGACAAAGACAAGGAGGCCCUGACGAACACGAAAGCCCGCCUGAAAGUCACCCAGAAGGAACUGAAGGAUCUUCAGUGGGAACAUGAAGUGCUGGAGCAGAGGUUCAGUAAGGUGCAGGCGGAGCGAGAUGAGCUCUAUCAGAAAUUCACCAAAGCCAUUAACGAAGUGCAGCAGAAGACAGGCUUCAAGAACCUGCUCCUGGAGCGCAAGCUGAAAGGACUCCUCAGCGUCCUGGAGAAAAAGGAGGUGGAGCUCAGCGAGGUCUUCGCAGGCUCCAACCUCGACCCGGGUGCCCUCUCCUUGGUCUCACACAAGCUGGAGGACGUGCUCAAUUCCAAGAACACCACCAUCAAGGACCUGCAGUUCCAGCUGGCCCGAGUCUGCAAGGCGCACAAUGACAUGCUGCAGACGUUCGAGGCAAAGCUGACAGCCUUUGGGAUCCCCCUGGACAACCUGGGCUUCAAGCCCCUGGCGAGCCCCGUGCCGGGGCAGGCAGUGGGGCAGGGCCCCGCGGGACUCGUUGCUGUGCCCACCUGAUGCCAGCCAGCACCGAGGGACACACCGUGCCAGGGAGGGAGCAGGGCUGUGCCCCGUUGGUGCUCCACACCAUUAAACAGACCCCAGUGAACCUUCUGGAGGACCUGAAGGACCCUCUCUCCCCUCCCGGGGGGGAUCUUUCCUCUGGAGCAGCCCCUGACUCCUGCCACGGGGGAUGCCAGCCACAGGCAGAUGCCAGCUGGGUGGGCUCUGACCAAGUGGUGCCAGUGCGGCCCCAGACCGGGAGGGCUCCUGGCAUCCCACCCACCAGAGCAGGCCGGAGCAAGGAGUUGGGGCUUGCCUGGGCCCCCCCCAGGAUUCCCUGCCCCUGGGGCUCCCCUCCUUU